AUGUCGAAAGAAACAGCGUCUAUGAGAGAAAUACAACACAACCGACAACUCAUUUUGCAAGCUCUAAAUAAGAACACAACAAACUUUUCAAACUAUUCUAAGAUAUCUGAGUCAUUGAAAGAAGGAAACUUAAAACUGACGAUAAACCCAAUGACAGAUGAGUUUCUGUUUCAAGACAGUAAGAACCAUACUGUCUGUGUAAAUCCAACAAAAGGAACUUUAAACGAGAAACCUAUAGAUGAACUUCUUUUGAAAGCAGAUGUUGACAACAAAGCUGACAAAGAGUAUGUCAUUGAAAAAGUUCAAGAAGAACAUGACAGAGCAGAUGCAACAUAUGCAACGAAAGAACAUACUCAUCCUGAACUAGCAGAUAAAACAUAUGUUGACAAUAAAAUGUCAAGUGAAGUGACAAGAGCUGAAAACGAAUAUUCUAAAAAGACUCAUAUACAUACCAUUGCAAAUAUUACAAACUUACAAGAAACCUUAAACAGGAAAAGUGACGUUGGACAUACACAUACCAUUGCAAAUAUUACAAACUUACAAGAAACCUUAAACAGGAAAAGUGACGUUGGACAUACACAUACAUCUUCUGAAAUAACAGACUUAAACGUUAGCCUUGAAAAGAAGGCAGAUAAGAACCAUACACACGAUUUCUUCGCAACUGUUGGUAUAGAAAAUAUUGAAGGAACGGUUGAAGAAACUGGGGAUGUAUUAAAUUGGAAACCUCCUAACUUUCCACAAGGUUUAACAUCGGAGGAUGACAUAACGACGAUGAAAUACACUAGAUGUAGAAAUGUCUAUGUCAUGGAGGAUGAAAACAAUGUUAAAUUCACUGCUCAAGAUUUAUAUGAUAAAAAAGCAGACAAAACAUAUGUUAACGAUGAGUUAGAUAAAAAAGCUGACAAAACAUAUGUUAACGAUGAGUUAUAUAAAAAAGCAGACAAAACAGAGCUUCAAACAUUAAAGACAGAAAUACUUCAAACACUAUAUCCUAUAGGUUCUAUUUACACGUCAAUGAACUCUACCAAACCAGAAACAGUUCUGGGUUUUGGAACUUGGACUCAAAUAGUCGACAGGUUUUUGUAUUGUGCAAACUCUUCAAAGGAAACAGGUGGAAGUAAAACGAUUUCAGGUGAAAACUUACCUGCGCACAGUCACUACGUAGAUUUAAGUACAUCUCAAGCAGGUUGGCAUAAGCAUAAAUUUUGGGAUUGGCACGCCUUGAAAAA